UGCUGGUGUGAUGUGAAGGAGGGAGGGAAGUAGCUGAGCUGGAGGCUCGUUCAGCCAUGUUAGUUUUCUCUUGCGGUUCACGAACGAUGAGAGAGAGGAGCUAUGGCCUUGUCAUUGAGCGGAGACGAUGAUGAAUAUGAUUCAGAGUCAGAGCAGCAACGGGCAGCCAACCGGCCGAAGCCCAAGAUGGGGACGUCGUCGGCCGUUAAGCUGCCGUCCAACCGUAGCUCAUCCGGAGCCAGACGGAGGAGGACACGCUGCCGAAAGUGCGAGGCGUGCCUCCGGACCGAGUGUGGAGAGUGUCACUUCUGCAAGGACAUGAAGAAGUUUGGAGGGCCGGGGCGCAUGAAGCAGUCCUGCAUUAUGAGACAGUGCAUUGCGCCGGUUCUGCCCCACACGGCGGUGUGUGUGGUGUGUAAAGAGGCAGGGAAAGAGGACACGCUGGAAGAAGAAGAGGACAAGUUCAACUUCAUGCUGAUGGAGUGCUCUAUCUGCAACGAGAUCGUCCAUCCCAAAUGUCUCAAGGUGAGCGACGCCUCAGGAGUGGUGAACGAUGAACUCCCUAACUGCUGGGAAUGUCCCAAAUGCAACCAUGCUGGGAAAAGUGGAAAAGUAUUGAAGCAAAAAAGGGGUCCAGGGUUCAAGUACGCGUCCAACCUCCCAGGCUCUCUGCUGAGGGAACAGAAGCCUGUGAAGGAGGAAGGGGACGUUUCUUCCGCAGCCAAGAGGAGACCAGACAGAGAGGAGACACCCAAGUACAGACCCGAGGAGUCUCUCCACAGGCAGCCACCACUGCUGUCCCCCUGCAGCCUGCCUCGGCCCAGGCCUGAGGACAAACUGAGGAAGAAGAGGAAGCUCUUUGAUGAUGAUGAGGAAGAGGACCUCAGUGUGAGGAAGAAGGAAAAGUCAGAUGAUCCGUAUUUUUCCAGACUUCUGCACCAAAUCAAGACAGAAGAGGAUGAGGACGCAUAUGAGGAGGAGGAUGGUGAAGGAAGGGAGCCUUACUUCCGGAGUGGUAUAGAGAGGAAAUGCCGUUUUGGAGACGCUGAAGAUGAAGGGGAUGACAAGGACUCCAGGAAUGAACUUUUGAAUCCCUGUAUUAAAACGCCAAUCGGAGACAGUGACCAGUCUCACUGCAGCUCUCCACAGGCAGGCCCCAGCAGCGAGGGCGGAAGUGAGACCCAGGACAAAGGUCCGCGUCCAAAAGCUCGCCGUAAGCGGCGUUUACCUAAUAGAGAGCUGAGCCGAGAGCUGAGCAAAGCACUGAACCAGGAAAUCCAGAAGACGGAGGACUGCCUGGCCAACGAGAACCGCCAACCCCUCAAGGUGGAGCCGGAGACGGAAAACGAGGAACCCAAGAGGUUGUUCCGCAACAGCAGUGAACUUGGGGAUCAGAGGCCCCACCUCAAGACCAAAGAGAUGAACGGGACCCCCUGGGAGCUGCGCCAUUUCUACCCGAGUCAGAUCACUCCACUGGGCUUCAACAGGAGCACCCCAACCAACCGGCCGGUGCCCCCACACUCCCCACCCAAGUGUGUCCAAAUGGAGCGGCAUGUCAUUCGCCCCCCUCCAAUAAGCCCGCCUCCUGACAGGCUGCCACUAAAAGAUGGUAAAACACACGUCAUACAGCGCGAGGUGUGGAUGAAGAUCUUUGGCUAUCUCACACAUCAGGAGCUGUGUGUCUGCAUGAGAGUUUGCAAGACAUGGAACAGAUGGUGUUGUGAUAAGAGACUCUGGACAAAGAUCGAUCUGAACCGCUGCACCUCCAUCACCCCACUCAUGCUAAGUGGGAUUAUCCGCCGACAGCCAGUUUCCCUGGACCUCAGUUGGACCAACAUUUCCAAGAAACAAUUAAGCUGGCUUAUUAAUAGAUUGCCAGGCCUGCGAGUGUUAAAGUUAUCUGGGUGUUCCUGGGCUGCUGUUUCUGCACUCUGCACCUCCAGCUGCCCGCUGCUGCGCACCUUAGAUGUCCAGUGGGUGGAGGGGCUCAAAGACGCACAGAUGAGGGACCUCCUCUCACCACCCACAGACAACAGACCAGGUCAACUGGACAACCGCUGCAAGUUGAGGAACGUGCAGGACCUGCGGCUGGCGGGGCUGGACAUCACUGACACGUCUUUACGUCUCAUCAGCCGGCAGAUGCCUCUGCUGUCCAAUCUGGACCUGAGCUACUGCAACCAUAUCAACGACCAGUCAGUCAACCUGCUGACAGCAGCAGGAACCACGACCAGAGACUCCCUCACAGAAAUUAACCUGUCAGUUUGUAACCGGGUCACUGACCAUUCCCUAAACUUCUUCAAGCGUUGUGGAAGCAUUUGUCAGAUCGACCUUCGCUUCUGCAAGCAAGUGUCCAAAACGGCCUGCGAAAGGUUCAUCGCAGAGAUGUCUGUGAGCGUACCGUUUAGACUGAAGGAGGACAAACUGCUGCAGAAGUCGAGCUAGUUUUUAACAGGACAGAAAUGAUUGAAAGACUCUUUCUUUUUUUUUUUGCACUUACUGGAACAUUUUUUUCUUUUUAAACUGUGUCCUAUGAUACGUCUCCAAAUCAAUAUCACAGUAAACAAGCUGAAGCGAGAGGUGGAUUUCUGGAAGGAGAUCUUAAAUGGACUCUGAUAUGAGGAGGUGAGGAACAUUCACUGGACAGAUAAAGAGGAAGCAGCAUGCAUGUAUUUGUGUUGCGAUAAUAAUUUUAUAAAGACGUGCUUGUAAUUGACCGGUGUUUUUUUUUUGUUUUGUUUUUUUAUUCUUUAAAUAUAUGAAAACAGUAUUUUUAUACAAGCAUUAUUUCAUGAGUUUACAGAGUCUCAGGAGCUAAAUAUCACAGAGAGACCAUAUGGCACGUGAACUGUCCCCUUCCUCAGUUUACCUUCAUACAACAGUGUCUUCUAUGUGCCAAAAUCUGUACUUGACAUUAUUACUUCAGUAUCAGACAAAAAAAUAACAUGUACAGUAAUACAUAUUUGACUAAAUGAUCAUAAACACUCCCCAAAUAUUUAGAAUGUAUUUCAAGGAGUAAAUAAAUUUUUUCUUGUUACACCCUCUACGCUUACCCUAAUACUUUUAUGAAUUGAUGAGUGUUGUGUUUGACAUUUCAACAUUAAUUUAUUGAUUUUUGUUUUAUUAUUAUUACAGUUUGUAUUUAUUCAGUAACUUGUCUCAGAGCUGGGUCAAAAAAAUGCUUGCAAAUAAUUUAUCAGGGUGGUGAAGCCUGUUGCAGUGGGUGGGGGUAACACCAAAAAGACAAUGGCAGGAAGUUGACCGCCAUUGCAAAUGUGUGACUGAGCCCUUAAUCUGACACUGACUUUCUACAAUGCAGUCAACCCCACACAUCUGGCUCUCCUUACAGGUUUAAAUAGGAAACUAAGUGAAUAACUCAUUUGCAUUUAAAAACUCCAUACAGUAGGUGGUGUGUGUAAUAUGGGGUGUGUUGUGCUGUAAUCUAUCACCUCAGGUGAACGUGAUCAUGUUUAUAUUUGUAAAUCCAAAAAAAUAAGUGCUAAUAUGCAUUAAAAGAAAUUAAUUUGUACCAUCA